AUGGAGGGCAGGAAGCUGUUUGAUGAGCUCUGCAUCCCAUUUGUGGUCAUUCCUGCUACGGUCUCCAACAACGUCCCUGGCUCAGACUUCAGCAUUGGGGCUGACACAGCACUCAAUACUAUCUGCACGACCUGUGACCGCAUCAAGCAGUCAGCUGCAGGCACCAAGCGUCGGGUGUUUAUCAUUGAGACCAUGGGUGGCUACUGUGGCUACCUGGCCACCAUGGCAGGACUGGCAGCUGGGGCUGAUGCUGCCUACAUUUUUGAGGAGCCCUUCACCAUUCGAGACCUGCAG